AGAAGAGAAGACCAUUCCUUUUGGGCAACACACCACGCAAUAGAAACAUUAUCAGAAGAAUGAGGCUGUAAGAAACGAUAUGUCGCCCCGUCGUUCAGUUGUCCUCGGUUCCACGUUGACCACCAUUUUUGUUUCCAUCGUAAAUAUGGUGUCGGCCUUGACCGAAUCGUUCCUCUUCGAGCAAAGAAACGUUUCUCGUCGACCUGCCGGCGAGACCAAAACAGUGCGAUGGAUGGUAGAUCUUCCGGAAGAAACGUCGUCCGCUGCACUAUUACAAAGCUCUUGCGACAGGCUUCCAGCAUCACAAAUGGCACGAAGCAUUCGAAAGUACCGGUCGAGUCGAGGAAGAACCGAUUCUGAUGAAGCCGCUUCAACAGAUUGUUUCACGCAAACACGGGAUCAACAUGGAUCGGGCAGUAGAAAGAAAAGUGGGCCGCGAGAUCAACCGAAGACUGAUGACUUACUUCGAAGAAGAAGUGGGGUUGAUCUGCCUUACUAUUCCGCUAUCAAGGCGCUACGAGCGUAUAGCUCCCUCCAUGGCAACCUCGUUAUUCCCCGGCGCUACCGAGUACCAUACACGAAAGAUUAUGCCAACGAGUGGCAUGGUGUCGAUUUGAGCACCAUCUAUGACAUGAAAUGGUGGCAACGGAACGUCAAGUCGAAGCCUGAUCGCGUUGCUGAGCUAAAUCAAUUAGGAUUUGUCUGGGAACGGCUGCAACCCGAGUGGAAUCUGAUCCUAGAGGCUCUGAUAACAUACAGGACACUAUACGGAAAUCUUCUCGUACCAAGCAGCUACGUGGUACCACAAGGGGACAAUCGCUGGUCCAAAGCAACUUGGAAGAUCCCGUUGGGGAAUUGCGUGUAUCGCAUUCGAUCGCGUAGCGAUUUUCUGCGUGAUGACAACGCUGGAUCUCGUAGAGAUCAGCUAGACGGGUUAGGAUUUGUUUGGGACGCGCAAGAAAGACGCUACCGGAUUUUCUAUGCGGCAUUGCGGCACUACGCCAAGCUCGAAAAAUGUGGGGCGUUUAGCGUUGGUCGGUCGAUAUCUAUAUCCAUCCCAUCGAAUUACAUUGUGCCGUCGGAAGAUCUGUGGCCAAACGAAUUGUGGGGGUACCCGCUAGGUGCAAAGUGUAUCGCGGUGCGACAAAAGGAUUUGUACGUAAAGGACAAACCCGAACGAAAACAAAUGUUGCAAAAACUAGGCUUUCACUGGGGUGGAAACGCUGAUCUGGGAUGGCUACGGGUUGUACACGCCGCAGCAAUCUACUCGCGAAUGCACGAUAGAUAUUUAGACGUUCCCUAUCACUUUAAAGUUCCGGCUCCAUCAACGACGGAACAUGAUGGACAAGAGUGGCCUUGGCCUGAGCAUCUCUGGGGUCUCCCCCUCGGGCAGCGACUGAAAGACGUGCGCACGAAAGACACCCGCGACCACGCCCUCUGCGCAUCGACGGGAAGAUUUUGUUCAGAUCCCCCCUUUUUUUCUCGCUGA